UUAGCUCUCAGGCCUGUAUCCUGUCAGUUGUAAUCCUGUGCUCAUUGACCUUCUAGGGUCACAAUGUCCUUCUACACUGAACUAUUUAUUAUUUAGCUUUCAUGUGUCUGAAUUUUCACCAAAUAAGAUUUUUCAGAUACUUGGUGUUUGAAAUCAUCUGGCUUGCUGAGGAGCUCAUUUUUGUGGUUUCCUUUGUUUUCUAGACUCAUGAAAUGGCCACAGAUGAGAAAACCUGCCCGACACUGGACUCCACUAGUGAUUUGCCUCGAUCUCCUACAAGUCCUUCUCAUCUCACACACUUUAAACCUCUGACCCCUGAUCAGGAUGAGCCUCCUUUUAAAUCAGCAUAUAGUUCUUUUGUGAAUCUGUUUCGAUUUAAUAAAGAGAGAGCAGAAGGGGGCCAGGGGGAGCAGCAAUUGCCAAGUGGUAGUUGGGCUAGCCCACAGCUCCCUUCAAGAACGCAGUCUGUGAGGUCACCUGCACCCUACAAGAAGCAGCUCAAUGAGGAACUCCAGCGGCGUGCUUCAGUGCUAGACAACAGUUUGCAGCAUCCCCAGGAGAACACAGACACAAGGAGGAAAGCAGAGCCUGCCUUCGGAGGCCAUGAUCCUCGCACAGCUGUUCAGCUUCGAAGCCUCAGCACAGUGUUAAAACGUCUCAAGGAAAUCAUGGAGGGGAAAAGCCAGGAUAGUGACCUGAAGCAGUAUUGGAUGCCAGAUAGCCAGUGUAAAGAGUGCUACGACUGCAGUGAGAAAUUUACAACUUUUCGGCGCAGACACCAUUGCCGGCUCUGUGGGCAGAUUUUUUGCAGUCGUUGCUGUAAUCAGGAAAUUCCUGGAAAAUUUAUGGGCUAUACAGGAGACCUCCGAGCUUGUACAUACUGUAGAAAAAUAGCCUUAAGUUAUGCUCAUUCCACAGAUAGUAAUUCCAUUGGGGAAGACUUGAAUGCUCUUUCUGAUUCCACUUGCUCUGUGUCUGUACUCGAUCCCGGUGAACCUCGAACACCUGUUGGGAGCAGAAAAGCCAGCCGUAACAUAUUUUUAGAGGAUGAUUUAGCCUGGCAGAGUUUGAUUCAUCCAGAUUCCUCAAAUACUGCUCUUUCAACAAGACUUGUAUCUGUCCAGGAAGAUGCUGGGAAAUCUCCUGCUCGGAAUAGGUCUGCCAGCAUUACUAACCUGUCACUGGAUCGAUCUGGUUCUCCUAUGGUUCCUUCAUAUGAGACGUCCGUCAGUCCCCAGGCUACCCGGCCAUAUGUGAGGACAGAGACUACUGAGGAUGAACGCAAAAUUCUUCUGGACAGUGUCCAGCUGAAGGAUCUUUGGAAAAAAAUCUGUCAUCAUAGUAGUGGAAUGGAGUUUCAGGAUCACCGUUAUUGGCUGAGAACACAUCCCAACUGCAUUGUAGGAAAGGAAUUAGUCAACUGGUUAAUCAGAAAUGGACACAUUGCUACAAGGGCACAAGCUAUAGCCAUUGGACAAGCAAUGGUUGAUGGACGUUGGCUGGAUUGUGUCAGUCAUCACGAUCAGCUCUUCAGGGAUGAAUAUGCUUUGUACAGACCGCUGCAGAGUACAGACUUUUCUGAGACGCCUUCUCCUGAUAGUGACUCAGUAAACUCUGUCGAAGGACACUCUGAGCCAUCCUGGUUUAAAGACAUCAAGUUUGAUGACAGCGACACAGAACAGAUAGCUGAAGAAGGUGACGAUAAUUUGGCUAAUUCUGCCAGUCCUAGCAAGCGCACCUCAGUCAGCAGUUUCCAGUCCACAGUGGACAGUGACUCAGCCGCUUCCAUCAGCCUGAACGUGGAGCUGGACAACGUGAACUUCCAUAUCAAGAAGCCCUCCAAGUACCCACAUGUGCCCCCUCACCCUGCUGACCAAAAAGAGUAUUUGAUUGCUGACACUGGUGGACAACAGCUCUCAAUAAGUGAUGCCUUCAUCAAAGAAUCUUUAUUUAAUCGUCGGGUAGAGGAAAAGUCCAAAGAGCUGCCUUUCACCCCGUUGGGCUGGCAUCACAACAACCUGGAGCUCCUGAGGGAGGAGAAUGGGGAGAAGCAAGCCAUGGAGAGGUUACUUUCAGCUAAUCAUAACCACAUGAUGGCACUGCUCCAGCAGUUACUACACAGUGACUCAUUGUCAGCAUCUUGGAGGGACAUCAUUGUGUCAUUGGUCCGCCAGGUUGUUCAGACAGUCCGGCCUGAUGUCAAGAACCAGGAUGAUGACAUGGAUAUCCGUCAGUUUGUCCACAUCAAAAAAAUCCCAGGUGGAAAGAAGUUUGAUUCUGUGGUUGUCAAUGGUUUUGUUUGUACCAAGAACAUUGCACAUAAAAAGAUGAAUUCUUGUAUUAAAAACCCCAAAAUUCUUCUGUUGAAGUGUUCCAUUGAGUACCUUUACAGAGAAGAAACCAAGUUUACUUGCAUUGAUCCUAUUGUGCUUCAGGAAAGGGAAUUCCUGAAGAAUUAUGUUCAGCGAAUAGUUGAUGUUCGACCCACGUUGGUUCUGGUUGAGAAGACAGUGUCUCGGAUUGCCCAGGACAUGUUACUGGAACAUGGCAUUACUUUGGUUAUCAAUGUAAAAUCACAAGUUUUAGAAAGAAUCAGUCGUAUGACACAAGGUGAUUUAGUAAUGUCAAUGGAUCAGCUGCUUACAAAACCACACCUGGGCACUUGUCACAAAUUUUAUAUGCAGAUAUUUCAGUUGCCUAAUGAACAAACUAAAACACUGAUGUUUUUUGAAGGCUGUCCACAACACCUGGGCUGUACAAUCAAGCUUAGAGGAGGCUCUGAUUAUGAACUGGCUCGAGUUAAGGAGAUCCUGAUAUUUAUGAUUUGUGUAGCUUAUCAUUCUCAGCUGGAGAUCUCUUUCCUCAUGGAUGAAUUUGCUAUGCCUCCAACGUUAACACAAAACACUUCAUUUCAUUCUCUGAUUGAGGGGCAGGGUGAUGAGGAGACUGUACAACAGCAACACAGCGGAAGUUCUCUCCCUCAGGAUCCUGACUUCCUGCCGGAGUCUCUGACUUCUGAUGAGAGCAAUUUGCUGGAAUCAAGGAUUGUGUCUGAGAAGAGUGAGCAGGAAAACAAAGGCAUCCCCGAGGCUGUUGCCUCUUUGAAGCCUCAAGAAUGUGGCACAACAGCUUGCCCAGCAGGCAUCCCCUGUGCUCUCUUCCAAUCUGUACCAGAAUCGCUGUUGCCGCUUCAUGUGGAUGACCCUGAGCGUAGAGCGGACAGUGAGCAGCCAGAGACUUUACAGCAAACAGAUGAGCCACAGGCUCCCAGAAGCCAAAUGAGAACCUUUAGAGACCCUCUGCAGGAUGACACUGGAUUAUAUAUCACCGAGAAAGUCGCCUCCUCUGAAGAUAAACGAAAGACUUACUCUUUGGCCUUUAAGCAGGAAUUAAAAGAUGUGAUCCUAUGUAUUUCCCCAGUAAUCACUUUCCGUGAACCCUUCCUUUUAACUGAAAAGGGGAUGAGGUGCUCUACCCGUGAUUAUUUUGCAGAGCAGAUUUACUGGUCACCUCUCCUUAAUAAAGAGUUCAAAGAAAUGGAGAGCAGGAGAAAGAAACAGCUGCUUAGGGACCUCUCUGGACUUCAGGGCAUGAAUGGAAGCAUCCAGGCCAAGUCUAUUCAAGUCUUACCUUCCCAUGAACUAGUGAGCACUAGAAUAGCUGAGCAUCUGGGUGAUAGUCAGAGCUUGGGUAGGAUGCUGGCUGAUUACCGAGCCCGAGGAGGAAGAAUUCAGCAAAGAAACUCAGACCCUUUUGCUCAUUCCAAGGAUACAUCCGUUAUUUCCAGUGGCAAAUCAGGAAGCAAAGUGGAAAGUGAUGAAGAGAGAGGAUUGUCCAUAACUGACGCAGUAUGGUCAGCAAAGGUGGACUGUUUGAACCCUGCUAACCACCAGAGACUAUGUGUUCUCUUCAGCAGUUCCUCUGCCCAGUCCAGCAAUGCUCCCAGUGCCUGUGUCAGUCCUUGGAUUGUAACAAUGGAGUUUUAUGGGAAGAAUGAUCUUACGUUAGGAAUAUUCUUGGAAAGAUACUGUUUCAGGCCUUCUUAUCAGUGUCCUAGUAUGUUCUGCGAUACUCCCAUGGUGCAUCACAUUCGGCGCUUUGUCCAUGGCCAAGGAUGUGUGCAGAUAAUACUGAAGGAGUUGGAUUCUCCGGUACCUGGUUAUCAGCAUACAAUUCUCACAUAUUCCUGGUGUAGAAUCUGCAAACAAGUAACCCCAGUUGUUGCACUUUCCAAUGAAUCCUGGUCUAUGUCAUUUGCAAAGUACCUUGAACUUAGGUUUUAUGGGUACCAGUACACUCGGAGAGCCAAUGCUGAGCCUUGUGGUCACUCCAUCCACCAUGAUUAUCACCAGUAUUUCUCCUAUAACCAGAUGGUGGCAUCCUUCAGCUACUCUCCUAUUCGGCUUCUUGAAGUAUGUGUUCCGCUUCCCAAAAUAUUCAUCAAACGUCAGGCCCCAUUAAAAGUUUCCCUUCUUCAGGAUCUAAAGGAUUUUUUCCAAAAAGUUUCACAGGUAUAUCUUGCUGUUGACGAAAGACUUGCAUCUUUGAAAACUGACACAUUCAGUAAAACAAGAGAGGAAAAAAUGGAAGAUAUCUUUGCACAGAAAGAGAUGGAAGAGGGUGAGUUCAAGAACUGGAUUGAGAAGAUGCAGGCAAGGCUCAUGUCCUCCUCUGUGGACACCCCUCAGCAGUUACAGUCCAUCUUUGAGUCCAUCAUUGCCAAGAAGCAAAGCCUCUGUGAAGUGCUCCAAGCUUGGAAUAACAGGUUACAAGACCUUUUUCAGCAGGAAAAGGGUAGAAAACGACCUUCAGUUCCUCCAAGUCCUGGAAGACUAAGACAAGGAGAAGAAAACAAGAUUAGUGCAAUGGAUGCAUCUCCCCGGAAUGUUUCUCCAGGACUUCAAAAUGGUGAAAAAGAGGACCGCUUCUUAACAACCUUGUCCAGCCAGAGUUCCACCAGUUCUACCCAUCUGCAGUUGCCCACUCCCCCUGAAGUUAUUUCUGAGUCAUCUGUGGGUGGCCCCCCUGAUCUAGACACAGGUAGCAGUUCUGAAGAUGUGUUUGAUGGACAUUUGCUGGGCUCCACAGACAGCCAGGUGAAGGAAAAGUCAACCAUGAAAGCUAUCUUUGCAAAUUUGCUUCCAGGAAAUAGCUACAAUCCUAUUCCAUUUCCUUUUGAUCCAGAUAAGCACUAUCUAAUGUAUGAACAUGAGCGGGUACCCAUUGCUGUCUGUGAGAAGGAACCCAGCUCCAUCAUCGCUUUUGCUCUCAGUUGUAAAGAAUACCGAAAUGCCUUAGAAGAAUUGUCUAAAGCAACUCAAUGGAACAAUGCUGAAGAAGGGCUUCCAACAAACAGUACUUUAGACAGCAAACCAAAGAGUAGCAGUCCUAUUAGAUUGCCUGAGAUCAGUGGAGGACAAACCAACCGUACUGCAGAAGCAGAACCACAGCCAACCAAAAAGGCUUCUGGAAUGUUGUCCUUCUUCAGAGGGGCAGCGGGGAAAAGCCCAGAUCUCUCUUCCCAGAAGAGAGAGACCUUGCGUGGAGCAGAUAGUGCUUACUACCAGGUUGGGCAGACGGGCAAGGAGGGAACGGAGAAUCAAGGCAUUGAGCCUCAAGAUGAAGUAGAUGGAACUGAUAUACAAAAGAAGCAACUCACAAAUCCUCAUGUGGAACUUCAAUUUUCUGAUGCUAAUGCGAAAUUUUAUUGUCGCCUCUACUACGCGGGAGAGUUCCAUAAGAUGCGUGAAGUGAUUCUAGGCAGCAGUGAGGAAGACUUCAUUCGUUCUCUGUCCCACUCGUCUCCCUGGCAGGCUCGAGGCGGCAAGUCAGGAGCUGCCUUCUAUGCGACUGAAGAUGACAGAUUUAUUUUGAAGCAAAUGCCUCGUCUGGAAGUCCAGUCUUUCCUCGACUUUGCCCCACACUACUUCAAUUAUAUUACAAAUGCUGUUCAACAAAAGAGACCUACUGCAUUGGCCAAAAUUCUUGGAGUAUACAGAAUUGGUUAUAAAAAUUCUCAGAACAACACGGAGAAGAAGUUAGAUCUUCUUGUCAUGGAAAAUCUUUUCUAUGGGAGAAAGAUGGCUCAGGUUUUUGAUUUGAAGGGUUCACUGAGGAAUCGAAAUGUGAAGACUGACACUGGGAAAGAGAGUUGUGAUGUGGUUUUGCUGGAUGAAAAUCUCUUAAAGAUGGUUCGAGACAACCCUCUGUAUAUUCGUUCUCAUUCCAAAGCUGUGCUGAGAACCUCAAUCCAUAGCGACUCCCAUUUCCUCUCUAGCCACCUCAUUAUAGAUUAUUCUUUGCUGGUUGGGCGAGAUGAUACUACCAAUGAAUUGGUAGUUGGAAUUAUAGAUUAUAUUCGAACAUUUACAUGGGACAAAAAGCUUGAAAUGGUUGUAAAAUCAACAGGAAUUUUGGGAGGACAAGGUAAAAUGCCAACUGUAGUCUCUCCAGAGCUGUAUAGAACUCGGUUUUGUGAAGCAAUGGACAAAUAUUUCUUGAUGGUUCCAGACCACUGGACUGGCUUGGAUCUGAAUUGCUGAAAUCAAGCACAUAAUUUGAAAUGAACUAUAGAAGAUAUGGGACAAGGAUCAAAAAUAAGCUACACAUUAUAUUUUACCAUCACAUUCCCCACUGUGUGUAAAGCCUUCCAGAUGGUCCACAACUGAAGGGUAAAACCUCCAUGGACUUAGACUGAAAGUUGCUGGAACACAGGAACAUUCAGUGGACCACGGUCAGAGACGACUAGAUAAACUUCUGAUGUCAUGUUUGCUGACACUGUCUUGGCAUCGCAUUUGACAUGUUCUUUACUUAGAAAACAUUUGUAGAGCUGCUGAAAUGUGCUUUAUUUUUAAAUGUUGUAUUUAGUGUUGCUUAUCAAUCUCUGAGACCUUUAGAAAAAUUCUGGUUUAUUCCGUUAAUUAUCAGUUAAGCAAGUUGGCACUUGCUAUUUUGUUGAAAAAUUGACUUACAGUGGGACUUCUGUAGUUCUGUCGUAUUCUGUGUCUUCUCUGUUUGCUUUGUUUACGAGUUUGUUUUUAAAAUUCUACCUUCUCUGUGACAAGAGGAUACAGAGGGUAAGCCUUUUUGUGGAGCUACUUUUACUGCUUGCUUAAAAUAUCUGUGUAAUUAGUGUUAACUGUACAUAUAUCUACGUACACGCAUUCAGAUUCUUCUCCACACUGUCCUUCCCAGUUCAGGAAAACAUUAAUCAUUAGUAAAUGAGCCUGUAGUCACCAACUCCCUAAAGGAAGAAUAAUUAAUGAAGGAUUUUCCUAUGAGAAAAUAGUCCCAGUCCAAGAAAUUGAGUAAGAAGGAAACAGUGAUUACUUUUUUAAUAGAAGUUGAAUGUCUCUUUUAAAAUAACCAGCAAUUUAAGUAGCAUUUAUAAUACUGAGGUUUCCAAUGUGGACAUUUUUGUUUUCUAACUUUCUAUAUACAGGCUAGUUCUGGUAUUAGGAAAUGUUGAGGAUAGUCAUUCUUAGUAAAGAACUUCCUGUCAGCAUUUUGUUUUAAAAUUACCAGAAGUACUGAAAUCAGCUUUACAGUAUUUCCUUUUUCUAUAAUAAAGCUAGUUUAGAGAUUUUUAAAGUUGUUAAGGGGUGUACUCUUUUCAGAUUUUGUGUAAGAUGCUAUUGCACAUUUAUUUUCACAUAAUAUGAGAAAGAAAUGUGGCUAUAUUAAGUUACACAAAGUCUAAUAAAAGUACAUGAAAUAGGAAUUUUUUAGAAAGUUUACUUUAAAUGAUGAAAGCAGUAGCAUGGUAUUUGGUGCUUAUUAAAACAUGAUUUGUUUGGAACUGGAAACGGUUGACCAAGACUUCGGACUGAUUUCAUGAGAAGCUUGCCUCUCACUGCUCUUGUUUUAAUCAUAUGUAUGUGCCUUUUGUUUAAUCAUAUGUAUGUGCCUUUUGUUUUGACAUGAAAGACUUGUAAAGGAGUUACACAGAAUGAGAGCUAUGUGGGUCAUUAUUAACAUCUUUGUGUCCAGGAAGACUUGUCUGAUUUGAAAUGCCAACACUGUUUCAUCUCUUGAUUUUCUUUCUAGUUAGGAUUACUUAUCAUAUCCAUUUCUGUGACCCCGUUGUGUGGAAUACUUCCACCUAUCUAUAAUCACAUUGAUUCCUCAUUUUGGUUUCAGUAACAUGUACACAGCUGGAAUACUCUUUGGAAAUAUCUCCUGACAAUGAUAUGGCAUGUUAAUUUGGGGGCCUUUUUUGUCCAUAACUUGAAAAACUGUGUUUUUAAAUACUGCUACCUCUUAGGUAAUUGAGUGGUUCAAAAAAUUCCAAUGAAGCAAAAGUUGCUAUUUUGUAAUAGUGACUUUUCAUUUUAAAUUGAUGUCUGGCUAUAUUAGUGAAAGAGAAGUAUAGAAUUUAAUUUUUUUGAGGGGUGAAACUGUAUGCCUGGCAGCUUGCUGCUUGUGUUUAGGACACUACUGUGUCUAUGUGGCAUUUCAAGUACUGUGCUAUUCAGUGUUAAGUCAUUAAUGCUGAGAAGUUAGAAAUGAGGAAAAAAUCUUACUCUUUUUUUUUCUUAAAAUACAACAUGAAUGCUGAGGAUAAUUGAUAACCAGUAUGAAAAAAUUGUCAACAUAAUGUUUUGUUUGAAAAUCUUGUUCAUACAUGUUGAAACUUUGUAAUUCCAUUAGAGCUUAGUAAAAAAAGAUUCACUUUUUUCUUAUCCUACUCUAAGAAAAAAUAUGGAAGAAACUGUUAGAAACCCUUUUAUAGCCUAUUGAAAAUUUUAAAUUUAUAUUCAAAAUUUCUUAUCAAAUAAAUGUCUUACCCUGUAAUUUUUUUUCCCUUGAUUCAGCAGUGAGUGGUUUUCUAACUUUGGCUUUUAUUGAGUCUUACAAAUAGUAGGGUCAUAUUGGCAUCAGCUUUUAUGAUGGCUUUAUGGCCGUCCGCUUUUUGACAGUGCACCUAUAAACAGUGGGCUUGUAUAAAACUGUCAAGGAAAGUAACCUACCUAUAACAAAAUUUACUUAGCUUGAAGAGUCAAAACUGUUGUGAAUGAGCCUGAUGGUGAAAUGAUCAGACCGUUCAUUAAUCCUCAAGUGUUAACAUACUUAUGCAGUAUUCAAACUAUGUAGUGCAAUGCCUUUUGUUUGUCUUUGUCGCACAGGUGCAGUGCAUUUUAGGAAAAAUUAAAAUUAGAAUCAUGAGCAGUUUGCUUUGUUUAAGUAAUACUGCUAUGUCAGUUUUGUAAAGAAUGUACAUUAUGUCUAUCAAUGGGUUGAAUUUUUAGCCCAAGAAAAGACAUUGUAAAUCAUAAUAACUUUUAAUUUAAUAUGAAAAACAAAACUAACAAUAAUGGAAGUACUUAAUGUAUUAUGUUGUAUAUAUUUCUCUACUUUGCUUUCAGCUGUUUUAUAUGACUGACAUGUUAUUUAAAAGAUAACUGCCUUGACAUUUUAGAGACUUGUACUGUAAAUAAAGAUGACUUAAAAUAAACAGGCUGUACUUGCUACAUUUGAAAUGAACAGUAGAGAUGGAUCUUGAGGGUUAGUCUGGUCUCUUACAUAUAGUGUUACUUGUUUAUGUUCUUCCUCUUUGUUUUCUGAUUGGAGAACUCAAGUGUUUCAUUUGAAACCCUGGUUCCUAUUGGUCAAUAGCAAGCAGGGUGGUAUUGGCAUUUCCAUUCUUCUGUGCUCAGUGAAGUUCAUCCCCUUUCACUUGGGAAUGGCUGAGUUAAUAGAUCAUCAAAGUAGUCUCAACUAGAACAUUCUCUUCUGGCUCAGAGGGAGGACAUCUUAUGCUGCCUGAACCUGAACUAACUCCAAGCUAUGAAUGUGAAGCCAUGAAUUCUGGCUUCUGUCUGCAUUCAUCUGAGCUAAGUAGAGAAUACCUGGGUUGGUGAGGCAGCUCUAGUGUGACUCCAGAAUACCUGGCCCGGGCUUUGUAAGGGAAGGAGGAGAGUCACAGACUGGUGAGCGUGAUCGGUACCCCUGGCUUACUUUGCUGCCUCUUACUUUUCUCUUGUAUAGUGGAAGAAAUGGAUGUUAGGAAGGAGGCACCAUGAGCUAGUUCUCCAGUGCCCACUCACCCAUGGUCUCCUGUGUCAAAAAUUAUCUUUUAAAAACUCUCAGAGCUAAUGCUUAAGGAAACUAAUGUGGUUUUUUAAAUAUAUAUUUUACUGUGGCAAAAAUACAUUAAGUUUUCUAUUUUAAUCCUUUAAAAAGUUUUCUUAUAUUCUUCAGCGAGAAAUUUUCCAUUGACUAGAUCGUUCUCCACAUGCCCACGAUUGCCAGGGUUGAGCCAGGCUGUAUCCGGAAGUCAGAGCAGACCGGAUCUCCCACUGGUGGCAUGUGCUCAGUUAUUUGAACCAUCGCUUGCUGUUUCCCUAGGGUGCAGAUAAGCAAGAUGGGAGAGCUGGAAGGGCACCUUGAAAGCAAAUCUGAGUAUUCCAAACAAGUGUUUUAACUGGUAUGCCAGUCCUAAUCAUUGUUCAAGUAGUGUUAAAUAUGAGGGAACUUAAUAAAAUUCAUGGAAAAUAUGUUAUUUAAAAAACCUGUAAGCAUAAUUUCAAAAUUUUUACAUUGAUAUAAACUUAGUUUUUAAUGGCAUUUUCCCACAAAUAUUAUGAGGUACCUUUGGUAUUCAUUUUAUUACGUAACAGAUCUUCAGAACUCUGUCCAUUUGUGGAGCAAAACAACUUCUUUCCCAUAUUCCCAAUGUCAUUUUUAUAUCUGUGAAUUGGGCUAGUUAAGGUAACUUAUGUAAAUGGAAUAAUACAAUAUUUAUGUUUUGAUGAGUAGAUGAUUUGACUUAAGUGUAAUUCCCCAAGGAGGUUUUCCUAGCCCAUCAUAUGUAAUAUGACUGGGUAAUGGUUGCCCAGAUAACUGACAAAACAGAAUUUUGUAGUAUGUCAGUGAGGGUGUUUCUAGAAGCAAGAAGCAUUUCCUCUAUAAACUGAGUUAAAGAAGAUCUGUUUCACCAACAUAGGUAGCAAGACUAGAACAAAAAGGUUCAGGAAGAUUGCAUUCUCUUCCUCCCCUCUGAGCUGAGACAUCCAAAAAUCUCCUGUCCUCAGGCUGCCGAGCUCCCAGUUUUCAGGCUUAUGCACACCGGAGUGGCUUCCCUAGUUCAAGCCUUGGGACUCAGACUUGGUAAAAUUCAUGACACUGGGUUUUGUGGUUCUGCAAUUUGAAAACAACACUCAGGAGUCUUGUUUCUUUCG